AUGUCCAAAGCCCAAGGCGCCGUCAGCUUCGACGCCAUCAUCCAGGCGGACCGGCAAAAGAGGAAGAAUGAAGCUCUAGCGAGAGAGAUCUUUGGAAGAAACAAACAGAACAAGAAUGACUCAAAAAGCGCCACCAAAAGCUUGUCGCGGACUCCAGAUCUUGCAAGUAGGAUCACCAAGCGAUCAUCCUCAGUCGCCAGCGCGAACUCCCCCAGAAACAAUCCGUUCACGUCGUCGAGGCCUGCCUCCGCAGCUCCUCAGAAGAAAAAUGCGAAGGCCCGCUUCUCUCGCAUCGAGUCCGCCCUAGAUUCGCCGCAAGCCAAUGUCGUCCCCUCGUCCACGUCCCGUCGAACGCAAGGCCAUGGCCUAAGCAUAAAAGGCAAAGCAGGUCCGUUUGUGGUCGAGGCCAGCAAUUUCGCCCCGGGGACCACCGCUGCGGAUAUCGAGUCGGCUUUACAGAGUGAUACUUUUGACGACAACGGAGUCAGUGCGAUGCUAUCCUGUCGAAUAGUGUCCACCAGUCCCGCUGUCGUCGCAGAAAUGAUCUUCACCGAGAAACAUAUUGCGGACAAGAUCAUAUCAACGUAUCACAACCAGCGAGCAGACGGGAAGAUCUUACAACUAUUCCUCAAGCGCUCAGGUGGCGGUCUGAGUCCCUUCCAGAGAUCCCAACAAGAUCCAACCUCACAUCCAGGGAGUGUGGCGUCUGAACCGCCGGUGGCGGCCCCAGUCCAAAAUGAUAAUGCCAUGGAGGAUAUUGAGAUGGAGGCCGAGCCGCACGCAGCGUAUGCGGAACAGGAUCAGCACAGCAGGGACACCCAGAACCCAGAAUCCAAUGGUCUGGAUGAAAGACAUGGCUAUGGCGGUUCUCAAGCAUCAACGUCCCACGAUCACCACGGCAGCAGACGAGACACCGAUCGACGAGAUCGGGAAAGAGGCAACCACCGCGAACGAGAACGCGAACCAGAACGUGAGCGAGACCGGGACCGAGAUAUGGAUCGCCAUGAGCGCCGCGACGAUCGAGGAUCCAGCUCAUACCGCCGUGAUGACAGACCCGAGUCGUACAAUUCAAGGUUCUCCCACUAUGGCAACGGUGUCGGUGGCGGGUUCCGGGGCCGUGGGUCUUUCGGAUCCUUCCCUCGUGGCGGAGGGCGGAUGUACGGCGACGACACGAUGCGCGGUGGACGAAGGGGCGGAGGACCAGGUGCCAGCUUUGGCGGCGGCUAUCGGAGAGGAUACUAG